AUGUAUGCUGACAGAGUGUACUCUCGAUGGGAGAAGACAUUCCUCUGGGAUAUGAUCGAACCCUACAGACGGCCCAAGUCUUUCACUCCUCUUAUCUCCAUAUACAUAGCUGCGUUCUACACUGGCGUCAUUGGGGCAGCAUUAACAGAGCAACUUUACAAGGUACUUCAAUUGCCCAUCAACCCUCACCAAUGUGCCAGGGUUACACCGUGUUACACCAGAGGUCACGCAGGUGCUAGCAAUCUGCUAUAGAUCAUCCAUCGCAUCAUCAAUAUACCACCCAAUUUUGGCGUACAUGAUCCAUAAGAUAGUCUAUAUAUUCUCUACCAUUUAGGGUGGAUGAUCCAUCCAACAUCCCAUGUGCAGUACCAUUUGUUGCAGAUGAUCCAUUAGAUAUGUCUCUACAUGUACCGUGCCCAUUUGUCAUAGAUGAUCCAUCAGACUGUCCGUACACUGCAUCAUUUGUUGUGGAUGAUCCAUAUAUUCCCAGUUUUUCGCAGAUUAUCGCAUACUGCAUAAGAAGGUGCCUUUAGUUUGACAUGGUCCGGCAUUUAAACUCUCCUCUCUUCUUUUUCUCUGGGGUCAUUCAGGAGAAGUACUGGGAGGAUCAUCCAGGUGAAGCUGUUCCUUUGUUGAGGCCAAAAUUCUACUAUGGCCCCUGGAAGAUUAUGAAGGGAGAGCCUCUCCCACCAAACAUGUGA